AGGGACGGAAGCCGAGCAGGUCUCCGAAGAGAGCUGGGAGUGGGAACUGCGCUGUCCGCUGCGAUGAUCCCCCCGCAGGAGGCUUCCGCUCGGCGGCGGGAGAUCGAGGACAAGCUGAAGCAGGAGGAGGAGACGCUGUCCUUCAUCCGAGACAGCCUGGAGAAGAGCGACCAGCUCACUAAGAACAUGGUGUCUAUCCUGUCAUCCUUUGAAAGCCGUCUCAUGAAGCUGGAGAACUCCAUCAUCCCUGUGCACAAGCAGACCGAGAAUUUGCAGAGGCUGCAGGAGAAUGUUGAAAAGACGUUAUCCUGUCUGGACCAUGUCAUCAGCUAUUACCACGUAGCCAGUGACACUGAGAAGAUCAUCAGAGAAGGCCCCACUGGUAGGCUGGAAGAAUACCUGGGAAGCAUGGCCAAAAUCCAGAAGGCUGUGGAGUAUUUUCAGGACAAUAGCCCAGACAGCCCAGAGCUCAACAAAGUGAAGCUGCUGUUUGAGCGGGGGAAGGACUCCCUAGAGUCUGAGUUCCGCAGUCUGAUGACCCGGCACAGCAAGGUCGUCUCCCCUGUGCUUAUCCUGGAUCUCAUCAGUGGCGAUGAGGAACUAGAGGUCCAGGAAGACGUGGUCCUGGAGCACCUGCCUGAAAGUGUGCUGCAGGAUGUGGUCCGCAUCUCCCGUUGGCUGGUGGAGUAUGGCCGGAACCAAGAUUUCAUGAAUGUCUACUACCAGAUUCGCUCCAGCCAGCUGGACCGCUCCAUCAAGGGCCUGAAGGAGCAUUUUCGCAAAAGCAGUUCUUCCUCUGGAGUUCCCUACUCCCCCGCCAUCCCCAGCAAGAGGAAAGACACGCCGACCAAGAAGCCUAUCAAGCGGCCAGGGACGAUCCGUAAGGCUCAGAACCUUCUGAAACAGUAUUCCCAGCAUGGUCUAGAUGGGAAAAAGGGGGGCUCUAACCUCAUUCCUCUGGAAGGGCGAGAUGACAUGCUGGACGUGGAGACCGAUGCCUACAUUCACUGUGUCAGUGCCUUUGUCAAGCUGGCCCAGAGCGAGUACCAGCUGCUGGUGGACAUCAUCCCCGAGCACCAUCAGAAGAAAACCUUUGACUCCUUGAUACAGGACGCGCUGGACGGGCUGAUGCUUGAGGGGGAGAACAUCGUGUCCGCUGCCAGGAAAGCCAUCAUCCGCCAUGACUUCUCCACAGUGCUCACAGUCUUCCCCAUCCUGCGGCACCUCAAGCAGACCAAGCCUGAGUUUGACCAGGUGCUCCAGGGCACAGCGGCCAGUACCAAGAACAAGCUGCCUGGCCUCAUCACCUCCAUGGAGACCAUUGGAGCCAAAGCUCUAGAAGACUUUGCUGACAACAUCAAGAACGAUCCAGACAAAGAAUACAACAUGCCUAAGGACGGCACCGUUCAUGAGCUCACGAGCAACGCUAUCCUUUUCCUGCAGCAGCUCUUGGAUUUCCAGGAGACAGCGGGUGCCAUGCUGGCCUCCCAAGUUCUUGGGGACACAUACAAUAUUCCUUUAGACCCCCGAGAAACCAGCUCUUCGGCCACCAGCUACAGCUCCGAGUUCAGCAAGCGCCUGCUGAGCACCUAUAUCUGCAAAGUCUUGGGCAACCUGCAGCUGAACUUGCUAAGCAAGUCCAAGGUGUAUGAGGACCCCGCCCUGAGCGCCAUCUUCCUGCACAACAACUACAACUACAUUCUCAAGUCCUUGGAGAAGUCUGAGCUGAUCCAGCUAGUGGCCGUAACCCAGAAGACUGCUGAGCGUUCCUACCGGGAGCACAUUGAGCAGCAGAUCCAGACCUACCAGCGCAGCUGGUUAAAGGUGACUGAUUACAUCGCAGAGAAGAAUCUACCUGUGUUCCAGCCUGGAGUCAAGCUCCGGGACAAGGAGCGGCAGAUGAUUAAGGAACGGUUCAAGGGGUUCAAUGAUGGCCUUGAAGAGCUGUGCAGGACUCAGAAGGCCUGGGCCAUUCCAGACACAGAGCAGAGGGACACGAUUCGACAGGCUCAGAAAAGCAUUGUCAAGGAGACCUAUGGGUCCUUUCUGCACAGGUAUGGCAGCGUGCCCUUCACCAAGAACCCGGAGAAGUAUAUUAAAUACCGUGUGGAGCAGGUGGGCGACAUGAUCGAUCGCCUUUUCGACACCUCUGCCUAAGCCCGCCCGUGCCUCUGUCCAGAUCCACCAGACUGACAUGUCAUUGGACUGAUAAACCAGUGUUAACAUACCCGAGUUGGGUGAGUCUGAAGUCCUUUGGAACAGAGGCCUGUGCCCCACCCAGGAGCCCUGUCCUUGAGUAUUCUAGUCCUGGGCUUUGCGUCUUUCCUCCAGCCCGAUCUCCUGUCAU